AUGAUUAAAAAGCAAGCUCAACAUUGGAUUCAUUCCAAUCAUCAACACUUUACGCCUUCAACUCUCCAUGUGUUGCACAGCAUUUGUCACAACAUCAUCACUCAUCCACAUGAAUCCAAGUUUCGAAGCAUAAAAAUGGAAAAUCCUAAAUUUAAAGAAAACGUUCUGAAUGUUGAAGGAGCCAUGGACUUGUUGUAUCUGGUUGGAUUCGAACAAGAUCCUAUUGAACAUACUAUUUUUUAUAGAUGUAAUGGCAAAGAGGAUGAAGAUUUAAUGGUCAAAGAUCUCACAGAAUUGUGUCAAGCCUUAGAGGAAGCAAAUCCAAGCGAUCAACCCUUUUCAUUGUCACCAAGGCAAUUAGUUUCACCCAUUUCUCAUCAUCAUGAAACCACUCCAUCCACGUCAAUGAGUCAUUCUCCUUUCCAAUCGGUAGAAUCCACUCGAGCAUCUCAACCACAUACUACAUUUUCAAGUCAUCCUCCUCUUCCAUCCUCUCACAUCUCUCAACCAUUGACAUCCACUGCACAUGACGAAGAAUAUGAAAAGAAACAACGAGAGUUGGAAGAAAGAAGAAAACAAUUGGCAGAAGAAAAGAGAAUUAAAAGGGAAGAAGCUCAGAGAAUUAAGAAUCAGGCUAAAUUGGACAGAAAAGAAAAACAUGAUGAGGACGAAUACGAGCAUGAACUGGGAGUGACAGCUCAUUCACACUUGCACAACCCUCAACAAGGAAAUCCUUCAGGACAUAAUCCAUUCUAUUCUGGUAUGACCACAUUUAAAGAUAUUGGAAAUCAAUAA